AUGGAGGCGGCGCUAGGAUUGAUGAGAAGGAUACCUCCGAAGCAUUCCGUCACCGCGCUCUCCGCUCUCGUCAGCCUCCUGCCUAACCACUCCUCCGAUCUCCUCUCCCAAGUCGAUCAGCCACUUCAGCAAUCAGCCAAAUCUUCGUUCCUGCUGGUGCAGGAUUGCAGGGACGAACAAGUGCCUGCACCAGCAGAAGGCGUGCCGGUCGCGGGUCCACCUGCGGCUCGGGAUGCGGAGCUCCCUGCUGCCAAGUGCCCAGACAAAGAAAUUCGCUACUUUAAUUCAGAAAGGAACACCUUCUGGUCUUGUAAGUCAAACAACUUAUAUCUUUCACACCAAGAGCAAACCCCACUAUUCUCACUUUCUUAUCAAAUUGUGUGUGGAAAAAAAUAUGGACUAAUUUUACAACGCGCUGGAAAAUGGAAACAACGCGUUUUCCCCGGAGCGAUCGCGCACUUUCCCUCUUCUCAGUUAGCAAGGACUUGUUGCCGCCAGUGUUAUCUGAAAGCAAACAUGACGACAACGGCGCUCGGCCACCAGUCUCCAUGCUUCCCUUUCGCCUCAUCUUCAUGGGCGUCGCCAUCGUCAUAUGUUCCUGCUAGGUAUGAGGUGUUCGUGAGUUUCAGAGGGGAAGACACUCGCUGGGGUUUUACCAGUCACCUCUGCGACGCUUUGUCUGCUAAAUUAGGGGUCUCCCUCGUUUACAAAGACGAGAUCAACCUGGAAAAGGGCGCUUCCAUUGGCCCGGAGCUCCUGAAAGCAAUUGACGAAUGCAGAGUUGCUGUUGUUGUACUGUCGAAGCACUACGCUUCUUCCACUUGGUGUCUCGACGAACUGGUUCACAUCCUCUAUUGUCGAGCGCAGAGGGACCAACGCGUUGUUCCGAUCUUCUACGAGGUGGAUCCGUCGGAUGUCAGGAAGCAGAAGACGGGCAGCAGCUUCGCCGAAGCUUUUGCCAAACACGAUCGAGUUUUUGGCUCCACCGUUGACGACGGCGGAAGCGUUAGAGUGCAGAAAUGGAGAGAUGCUUUGACGGAAGUCGCUAACCUCUCCGGAUUCACUACCGCUCAUUACAGAAAUGAAUCGGAUAUGAUAAAGGACAUUGUGGGGAAGAUAUGGAAGGAAUUGACUCCCACGUUUCCAACCAUCACCAAGCGUUUGGUUGGAAUGGACGGACGCGUGGAAGCAGUGGUCGAUUUAUUAGGUUUAGGCGCAGCAGCGGCACGGAACGAUGUUCGCAUAAUUGGGAUCUGUGGGAUGGGCGGCAGCGGCAAAACCACAGUUGCCAUGGCCGUUUAUGACACAAUUCGCUCUCGAUUCGAGUUCAGCACUUACAUUGCCCGGGUCCGAGAAGUCUCCAACACCACAGGAGGCCUGCUUCAAUUGCAGAAGCAGCUGUUUGAUCAAAUAGGUGGCCAUGCCGUGACAAAUGUGGUGGAAAUGUGGCCGGAGUUUGGAGGGAGUGAGAGGCUCAAGAGGGUGUUCCGAGGCAGUCGGAUAAUUAUAACUUCCAGAGAUCAGCAAGUGCUCAAGGCUCAAAAUGUGGAUUCCAUAUACCAGACCCAACUGUUAGAUCGUGAUGAAGCUCAUGUCUUGCUAUGUCGGGAAGCUUUCAAGCAAGAUGAACCUGUGGGAGAUUACAAAGAGGUGUGUGAGCGCAUGAUUGGGCAUGUUGAUGGGCUUCCCCUGGCACUGGAGGUGUUGGGUUCAUCACUUCGUGGAAAAAGUGUCAGUCAUUGGAACAGCACAAUCGAGAAACUGAAAAGGAUCAUGGUGGGAGAUAUCAUGGAGGUGCUUAAAAUAAGUUACGAUGCACUAGAUGAAGAAGAACGAGAAAUAUUCCUAGAUUUUGUAUUUCUCAAGUACAGUUAUGUUUUUCUUCAUGAACCUGAUGUUUGGAUGCUUGUAGCUGAAAACCUCUGCCCCGGUGCGGAGAUUGGGUUAAGGAGCCUUCUUGAUAGGUCACUGUUGAGAUUCAACUCUGAUCGCAUGUUAUGUUGCAUGCACAGUUUGAUAGAGGAAAUGGGGAGAGCAAUUGUCCGCUCUGAAUGUCCAAAUGAGCCUGGACAACGUAGUAGAUUGCAGGGUUAUCAAGAUGUUUGUCAUGUACUGACAAGAGAAAGUGGAAGCGAAAAUGUGAAGACUAUAUCACUGGGAGAUGACUUUUACUGUGGCGAAAAGACAACUAUAGAUUGUGGGAAGGAAGCGUUUUCAAAGAUGGUGAAUCUGAAAGUGCUGAGAUUAAGAGGUGUACAGAUCACGAACGGACCAAGCUCUCUCUCUAAUGAGUUGCGAGUUUUGAUUUGGCACUCUUACCCUUCCGAAUCCCUGCCAUUCGCUUUCAAUCCUUACCAUCUUCUCGUGCUGGAUUUGAGGUGCAGCCUAUGUCUGAAGCAAGUCUGGCAUGGUAACAAGGUGCGGUGACUGUACAACUUUCUUAUACUAUACAUGAUUUUCUUGACCAUGCACAAUGAUUAUAUGUGAAGUUCUAUCUUAACAUCUAUAUGUAGUAUGUACUGACCAACGUCGGUGAUUUUCUUUUUUGGUUUUCCUCUUAAAUCACGUCAAGGCUAUGCCUUAUAUAAGAGAAAUUAGACUUGAUGGUUGCAAGAUGCUGAUAGUGACCCCAGAUUUUACUGGAGCUCCCAAUCUCGAGGUUUUGAGUCUUGAGAAUUGUGAGUUGUUGCAUGAGGUUCAUCCAUCAUUUGGACAUCUCAAAAGACUUCAAUAUGCAUUUUUACGAGGUUGCAAGAGUCUCAAGCUAUUUCCUGUUAGCCUUGAAAUGAAGUCUUUGGAAUCCCUGACCCUAAAGGGAUGCUCAAAGUUGAGUAGGUUCCCCAGUAUCGGGGGAAACAUGGAAUGCUUAUAUGAGCUCGACCUGGGAGGUACUGGAAUCCAACAACUACCUUCAUCAAUUGGACUCUUGGUCGGCUUGCGAAAUUUAUUGCUCGAGAAUUGCAAAAGCCUUGAACGGCUUCCAGAUAGCCUAGGUUGUUUAACUUCACUUGAAAACCUGGUUCUGGAUUUCUGCUGUAAAUUAGAAGACUUACCCUCUUCACUGCGCUGCUGUGUUCUCCUCCAAACAUUAUCGCUGCAAGAUUGUAAGAAGCUCAGAUCCCUACCGGAGUUUACACCGCAAAUCUACCGGGUAAAUGUGGAAGGUUGCAAUUCCUUGAAAGGUAUUCCAGACACAAUCGACCUACGCAAUGGGCUGGAUAUGCGGUGUGUUGGUUGCACAGAACUGGAUCAACCCGCGAGCUUAGCUUGGAGGAAGCUUCGACGCUAUCUCCAGGGCGUUCCUCAUCCAGAACAGCAUUUUACAAUAGUGAUUCCCACUGGAACCAGCAGGAAGAUGGAGUUUCCAGAACAUUGGUUGCCGAGGGGUCGUACUCGGGCAGAUAAGUUUCUGAUAGCUGAUGAUCACAAUUGUAUUGCAGAUUUGGUCGGGUUCGUGGUAGCUUUUUGCUUCUACCCUGAUAGCCACAAGGCAAAGAUGCCCGCAUCCAGUCGUCAUGAUUGCUGGCUUGAUGGAGGGCAGGUAGGAGUCUCGGCUUGGCUUGGACCCCCCAGAGGAGCAACUCUGGAGACACGCUUCCUAUUGUUGUCCUACAUUCCUAAGGGUUCCCAACACCUCGCUCACUGGCGAAAGUACACAUUUCUGCCUGGAGGCAAGCUGUGCGACCACAUUAGCGUUGAUUGGUCGUUUUAUCUAAAUGUGUUCCAAGAUGAGGUGGAAGAGUGGAAGGAACUGGAGAGUUGAGUAACAGUUCUACUUAGGGGUAUCCAUUCGGGUUCGGUUUUUCCGGGUUUACCUGAAACCGACCCGAUUAUGUACAUUUUCGGUUUUUUGGGUUCGUUUCAGGUUUUGGGUUUUUCGGGUUCGGGUUCGGUUUUAGUGAUUUUCAGUUUUGGGUU